AUGCCACCAUCAAGAGGUUUUAUUUUCUGGUUAAUAGCCUCGUUGCUGUGUCUUUGCCACUUCCUCGCCCACGCUCAACAAGUUGGUACAUCUUGCUCCCAACCUCGAAUUCGCAAACCAUGGGAUGCCUAUACCGAUGCAGAGAAGGCGCUCUACAUCGAGGCUGUUGGUGUAGCAAUGGAUCGAGGAUUCCACCAAAAGUUUGUGCAGAUUCACACUGAGCAACUCACGGGUCUUGAGGCGCAUCAGACGUGCGUCUUCAUCUACUGGCACCGAAUGUUGCUGCUCGGCUACGAGAAUAUGCUGCGCAGUCUAAACAGCUCGUUUGAAUGCGUUACGUUGCCCUACUGGGAUCACCUCUCGGCGUCGGCCCGUCAAGCUAGCAACAAUUGUGCCAGUGUUGAAGGAUGUUCGCCUAUCAUCACGGACUUUGGUGGGACGACCACCGGACUGAGCAAAACUCUGUCGGUCUACGGAACGAACAUCGCCUACUCGUCCAGGACAAUCUGUGUGAAUCAAGGCCUCCCCUAUCGCUUCUGUGGGAACAAUACGGGCUGCGCACACUGCAUUAUCCGAACGCGUAGUAAAUACCUGAGCGCUACCACGUAUCCGACCGAAGCCUCCUUUGGCUCCGUUUUUCAGCAAGUGUUCACGUACAGCGACUCGGGAAACUUUACCUUGGCCGUCGAGCGAGGCGUCCACAGUCAGGCCUGAUUAUUGGGUCAGGCUCCAUUUCCAACAGGAUCUUCCUACAGAAGAAGAAGAAUCGAGCAGUGAAGAAGAUGACGAGGCUGUAGACGUCGACAGUGAUGAUGACAACGAGGGCGUCUCUGGUACUAGCAGCGAAGAGGACGCUGCUGCUACCAAUUUGGGCGCAGGUGUGAUCAGCAAUGACAGUGAUGCCGAUGAAGGCGACACUGAAGCCGACCAACCUCGUGCCGCGCAGACCAUCGUGGUCUAAGCAUUCUAACCCAACUGCUUAGCUUCGUAUCUUUCACUUCAAUAUGUAGCUUAGCAAUUGGUCCUGUGUUUGGUAGGGCCGUCAGGAAACCCGCCUGACCCAAUUAUCAGGCCCUACCCGUACACGACCCCAAAAAUAGCUAACCUGAUGUACUAGGCUCAUUGUUUGUUUCCUCUUAACGAAGACGCUAUUCACAACGCACUGGGUGGAGUAAUGGUGUACUUCCAGGCUCCAGUUGACCCGGUUUUCUACUCGCAUCACUCGCUUAUCGACCUUCUCCAAACGAUUUACCUCAAGUGCCAGAACGGAGACGAAAAGCUUUUCCUGUCUGCAGCAGCCAAGAAAAGCGACCCGCGGUUCUGGACAUCCUGUGCUCGAUCGGGUGGAGGAAACUUCAGCGGCUCCGACAAUAUCACGAUGCGUGCAUUGGCCUUCGACGGCAAGACGUACGUGAAUGUCUGGCAAGAGCCGAAUAAUAUCCUGUACCCGUUCUUCAAAGACCUCCCGUACAAGUAUGCUGACUACGUGGAUGCCAAGGAUCUGGGAGGCUACAGCUACACGUACAAUAUCAGCGGUGGACUGGCGAAUAUGUACGAGAACUGCAACGACUCCAAUACUCUGAGUGCAGUAUCUCUUCUCGCAGAUGAAAGUCAAGGAGCAGCAUGGAAGAAAAAAAUUAGAACCCCGCUACUUCCGACAAUUUCCGAUGGAACAGAGGAUGAUGACUCGGUGAAACUAUACAGCAUUGCCUUGUUCGAGACUGCCCAAAUUCUCGGCUACAAUGAAUGGGCUGCAAAUGAACAAAUGGAAAUGAUCGCGUGUGCUCACCACAGUGAGUGCAUCGGCCCUAUCGACGACUAUUCUGACCUUUUCCGCGCCAACUUCGGUGUUGAAGGCCACACUCGGUGCUUCUCGAUUAUGGAAGACCUCGAGGCGGGUAGACGACUCAUCGGCAUUUCGACGUGGAGGGAGAUUACGAGGCGAUUUUUGCCGUGUCCUUUGCAGGAUGGCGAGGAUUCCGACGAAGCAGAGGAAGUUGUUGUUGCAGCAGAGUUCUAG